GUAUCCUUGCCAGUGUGUGUGUACGCGUGUGCCCGGGCACCGUGUAUGUGUAUGUGUGUGUGUGUGUACGUACAUCUGCCGCGAAAAUGUUUCCACCGUCGUUGGUUUUAGAUGAGUCUCCGCCAAGGAUAAGCAUGUUUUUGUCGGCUUAAACGAGGACCUUGCCCCGCGCGGAUGUUUAGGCUCAGCUUUCUUGCGGCGUUUGAGGACCCGACGGUGAUCCGUGGCUUACACAUACAAGGUUUGCCAGCAGCUCCAAGGCUACAAUCUCAGACAGUUAAUUAUACCCACAAGAGACAUUCCGGAAACAGGUUUGCUUGACCACCAUGACUUUCCUGUGGUCUAGUGGCCUUUCGUGACCUCAAUGACCUCAACACCUCUUUUGACCCCAAACCCCUUCUACAACCCCUGAGAAAAUACGUUAACUGAGCACGUGCAUAAGCUGCAGUGAGGUGGACUUCCAAAUGCCUACCUCACGCCUAAAGAACAAAUCACUGCAGCCACAGCCCUGAUCAGCAGCCACCAUGACAUCAAGCAUAGGGGAUGAUUGUAGCAUCUUUGAUGGGUUGAUGGAAGAAGAUGAAAAGGACAAAGCAAAACGCGUGUCCCGUAACAAGUCUGAGAAGAGACGAAGAGACCAGUUCAAUGUCCUCAUCAAGGAACUCGGCACAAUGUUGCCUGGCAACACUAGGAAGAUGGACAAGUCCACCAUCCUGCAGAAAAGCAUCGACUUCCUGUGUAAACACAAAGAAAUCGCAGCUCAGUCUGAGUCAAGCGAGAUCAGGCAGGACUGGAAGCCUCCAUUUCUUAGCAAUGAGGAAUUCACCCAGCUCAUGCUGGAGGCUCUGGAUGGGUUCUUUAUAGCAAUAAUGACUGAUGGCAACAUCCUUUACGUGUCCGAGAGUGUCACCUCACUAUUAGAACACCUCCCGGCGGACUUGGUGGACCAGAACCUGUUAAACUUCCUGCCAGUUGGGGAACACUCCGAAGUGUACAAGGCUCUGUCCACACACCCCCCUGACCCAGAGAGCCUUAGCACUGAUUACCUGAAGACUAAAAAUCACAUGGAGUUCUGCUGUCAUAUGCUGCGAGGGGCCAUUGACCCCAAAGAAUCCCGUGUUUACGAAUAUGUUAAGUUCAUCGGCAAUUUCAAGUCUCUCAAUAACGUUCCCAACGUGACGAGGAAUGGUCUGGCAGGGGUGUUACAGCGGUCACUACAACCUGCCUUCGAUGACCAGGUGUGCUUUGUAGCCACGGUCCGGCUGGCAAAGCCUCAGUUUAUCAAGGAAAUGUGUACAGUAGAGGAGCCCAAUGAAGAAUUCACAUCCAGGCACAGUCUAGAAUGGAAAUUCCUCUUCUUAGACCAUCGAGCUCCACCAAUUAUAGGCUACCUGCCUUUUGAGGUUUUGGGGACAUCAGGGUAUGACUAUUACCAUGUGGACGACCUGGAGACGCUAGCCAAAUGUCAUGAACACUUAAUGCAGUAUGGUAAAGGAAAGUCAUGUUACUACCGUUUCCUGACGAAAGGUCAACAGUGGAUCUGGCUGCAGACACACUACUACAUCACCUACCAUCAGUGGAACUCUCGACCUGAGUUUAUUGUCUGCACGCACACAGUAGUCAGCUAUGCAGAGGUGAGAGCAGAACAGCGCAGAGAGUUGGGCAUUGAGGAGGCUAAUCCAGAAGUCACUGCAGAUAAGAGUCAGGACUCCGGCUCAGAGUCACAGCUCAAUACGUCCAGCCUGAAGGAGGCACUGGAGCGAUUUGACCACAGCCGAACACCUUCAACAUCCUCGCGGAGUUCCCGCAAGUCCUCAUCGCAUGUCUCUGACAACACCUGCACUUCAACAGCUCCUAAGUUACACAUGGACACGGCCACACCCCCUCGACAGUCGCUGGCAUCCACCAUAGAGAUGGCAUCACAGCGUCGGUCAUCCAUCAGCAGCCAGUCUCUGAGCUCUCAGACCACAGGACAGAGUGUAGCUCCAGGCAUGAUCAAUCAGCAGCAACCACAGCAGCUUCAGACAAAUGUACAGCCGGUGAUGGAGUUCUCAGCGCAGGUGAAUGCCAUGCAGCACCUAAAGGAGCAGCUGGAGCAGAGGACCAGAAUGAUCCAGGCUAACAUUCAGCGGCAACAGGAGGAGCUCAGACACAUCCAAGAGCAGCUGCAGAGAGUCCAGGGACAGGGUAUACAGAUGUUGCUGCAGCAGCAGGGUGGACCGAUGAAUGUACAGCUUCCUCAAGUGGGAUCAGUCCAGCAAACAGCUACUUUGACCAGUCAAGUCCAGCAAACAACACUUAACCCCAUCCAUUCGGGAACUCAGCAGCUCACCAUCCAGCAGCAAGCUCCUCCCCCUCAGCAGAACUUACAACAGCAGACCAACACCCUUACACAGCCCCAACGUCAGACCCAGCAACCUUCCCAGGCUCAGCCCCAGACCCAGGGCUCUGUAUCCGCUCCACUAUACAACACAAUGAUGAUUUCCCAGCCAGGACAGCCAAAUGUGCUGCAGAUCAGCACCAGCCUGCCACAGAACAACGCACAGCAAGGCACAGCUGUGGCAACUUUCACACAGGACCGACAGAUCCGAUUCCCAGCAGGGCAGCAGCUUGUGACCAAGCUUGUGACUGCUCCAAUGCAUGCAUGUGGUGCAGUCAUGGUUCCCACCUCUAUGUUCAUGGGGCAGGUGGUUACUGCAUACAACCCCUUUGGGAGCCAGCAGCAGGGGGGGCAGACCCAGACCCUGACACUGCAACCAGCCCAACCACCCCAAGGACAGCCUGAUGGCCAAAACCAGACAGCUGUAGUGGCACAGAGCAACCAGCAGGGGCAGCAGCAACAACAGCAAUUCCUACAGGGCCCUCGUCUUCUCCACAGUAACCAGUCUACGCAGCUGAUCCUGCAGGCAGCUUUCCCACUCCAACAACAGGGAACCUUCACCCAGGCAACACAUCCACAGCAGCAGCAACAACAGCAGCAGCAGCAACAACAGCAACAGCAGCAACCACAAUCUCACCACCAGAGGCACCAGCAGCAGCUUAAACCGCAGCCCCAGAAACAGCAGAAAGCCCCGUCAUCGCACAGGACUGACAGUGUCAGCAGCCAACAGCAGUGAAGUGAGGAGGAGUGCGUGUACAGUGAGAACAUCUGGGUAAUUGAAAAUCUUAAGGGAUGGCUGCGUACGUUUGCUCCCAACCCCCCAAAUCAUUGCCCGCCCUUCCUCCAUCUGAAAGGAACAAAUCAUAGGAAAGAGGAAAGUGAGUCCACGAGGGACUCGCCAAAGACUGUCACCAUGGCAACAGGAUGGAUUCAAAUCCCCAUUUCCCCUCACGAGAAGCGGCGUUGUGUGGGGAGCUCCAGCCUCUGUGAAAAUCUGAAUAAUUACUUUAUGGCCACGGUAAUGACAGAUGCUUUUUUUUUUUUUUUUUUUUUUUUAAAGGCGUGUCAAAGUGGACUGACCUUGUACAGAUUUGCUGUAUGAUAAAAACAAAAACUUGUAAAUAUCCACCAUAGCCUAACAAAACAGAAAUGUAGUAUUUUAUAUGAUUGCAUGGAAAAAAAAUAACAGUGUAAGCUUUUAUUAGUUGCUUUAAAAAAAACAAAAAACUUUUUACUUUGUUCAAGUGUGGUCAAAAACGGAGCACUGACUGCUCUCUUAGACGCCCCACCCCCACCCCUCCCAGGAAAAAAAAACAAGUACAGAACAAGGUUCUGUCUGAGUGUUGAAAAAAAUUGGUUGGGCUUGGGUGUGUUUUGUGGAAGUUGUUUUUUUUUUUUUUUUUUUUGAUCACUGUGUCUCUGAGACAAAAAUGGCUCUCUUAACUUUCUAAUUACAAAUCAUAUUUGGCAAGAAACUAGAUUGCAGUUUAACUGUAUUAUUUACAGGAUAAUUACUGUAUAUAUGACGGGUUUAGUGAUUCCAAGUGCCAAUAACAUAGUCAAAUUUUUUUUUUAUUUUGAAUUUCAAGCAGACUAUUCAAAGGCAUAUAUUUUCCCACAAGAUAUUACCCCUAUUAAAGUUCAUGCGUGUGUAUAUAGUAGGGAUUAUUUUUUAAAAAUAAAAGAGCCCUAUACGUAACAAACAGUAUAUCCUCAAGCUCCUCAACUUUAGCACUUAACGUGGUUGUGUACGAUAAAUCACUGUCGACCCUGUUGUUUGUAAUCUGUGGUGUGAUUCUGUGAGCUAAUGAGUGUUUCUGAGAAAACAAUCCUUGUGUCCAUGAGGUGAGCAUGAGUGUCUGACUGGUGUGUGUGUGUGUGUGUGCGCGCGUGUUGCCCCUUGUGUCUUACAAUAAUUGACUUAGUAAAGGGUUUGAAGUUGCUGGAUGGUACUUGUAUUCUCAGGAAUGUGGAAAGUUUUUGCUUCUGCCUCAGUCUGAAACCAGACCAGGAAGGAUUAGACAGUGAUGCUGCAAAGACCAUAGGAAGAAGAUUUUUAAAGGAUGUGGUGAUUGAAUCAAAUUUGACCCAGAUUUCUUAGCGCCUUCGUUGUUUAUUUAUCAAAGCAGAAAUGGUGGGGUAAGUCUCCAAAGAGAGGUAACAAAAUAUAUGCUUUUUGUUCUUUUCUUUUUCUUUUUUUAAAAAUUUGUUUGAUUUGAUUUUGAUUUUUUUUUUUCUUUUUUGGGUAGUUGUUGAGAUACAGUUAAGAAUUAUAAAGAAACCCUUCAGUUGUCACUUAUUGGAAUAGGCUGACUCCAUUCUACCUGAAUAUCUGGAUUUCAGCUGUCUUAAGGUCUCCUGUAUCAUCAGUGUUUCAUCCUUCUUUAUCUUCCUAGGCCUCAGAAAACCUCAUGCAGUUCAGUUCACUUGACUUUCGGUUCUCAAAUAGCAGUCAAAAGCCAGGACUGGGUCCUGCUCCAUUUUAAAUGGAUUUGGGCUCAGCCUGUGUACUUCAGUGAUAAGCCAUAUCAAACAGAAAAGCCUUGGAUGGGAGGAAGUGAAAUGUUGGCAAAGGAGCAUUUAGAAUGUGUUGUUUUGUCUCAAAGUGUAGUAAAGUGUGCGCGUGUGUUUGUGUGACUAUAACAUCUCCCUUCCUUAAUCCUACUUCUUGUAUCACUUUGGGGUCAGUAUUGGUGUCCCCUGGCGAUAGCCAAUCAGUUCUUGCGUUGCAGUAUAAAGGAAUUGUAAUUUUCAAGGAACGUCCGCUCUCGUUGGGCCCAGUAUUGCGUGAGCCCGUGUGUGGGACAGCUCAACUUGAAUAUGUUUGUGUGAGUGAGUCUGUAUGCAUGUUAACUGUUGCUGUAACCCAGUUUAUUUUCAUACAGAAAGAGAUGUAUGAUUAGAAAAUGAUUCAUAUUAGGCAAUGCAGAGCAUUGGUCACCUGUCAGGCUAUAAAGAACAUGUGUACUGUUAUUGUUUUGCAGUGACAGACUAACCCUUGGAGAUAAGCUUAAUUUAGAAUAAACUGCAGAUUAGCAGUGACAAAUCCUCGACUUUUUUUAAUCCCACAAAUAAGGGAUAGAGAAAUUUCAGAGUGAGGGUUUUAAUAUUUGAAUCAGGUCUUCCACUCGUCACAGAUUAAAUGUUGGUCCUGUGUGUGUGUGCAUGCAUGUUAAGGCAUCUCUAAAAGGUAAUAUUGAAAUGUUUAUAGUUUGUGUCACUGAUACCCAGCCCAAAGAAUGUAAAGGUGUUUUAAAGAGACUAAUGUAUGUUGUAACUGUGUGCUUGUUUGACAGGCUUUAUGAUGAAGGAAAAGGAGGGGUGUGAUUAUUACUGCAAGAAUCCACAUUUUAGAAUCUGGAAUUAAGUCUUUUGGAAAAGAACCUCUGAAUGUUUCACCAUUACAGACUUUAUUGGUUUGCAACAAUAUGUUUCUGACAACAUCUGGUUGGGAAAAGGGUUCAAAAGCUCUUGAAAGCUAAGGUCUAGGAUAUUUUAUACAGGACACCAAGAUGGUGAGGUCCCCCUUCCACACAGAUACACAGGCCACCUUUCCACUACACCGUUUGGUUCUGAAGAGUUCUAGAUCUAGUAUAAUACUGUACACAUACACAAAGCUAAAAACACCAGUAUUCAGUGUAAAACGGUGCUAUGCUUACCUGUACUGUAUGUAUUUCUACCCCUUCUUCUGCUCUUGAACUGUGCUCCUUUAUCUACCCCAAAGUCAGAUGUAAUAAUCAAUAUUUUGAAGCAAAAUGUUUGCUAAUAUUAUUAUUAUUAUAACCCCCAUUCUCCCCUCUUGGUCAAUUUGAAAAUAAAAACAGUU